AUGUUCUCCUGCACGCCCCCCUACGCCACAAUCCGCACCCUCUACCAAGAGCACCUCCUCUACGCCGAGCAGCAAGAGCUCGCCCGCACCCUCGCCUCCGACCUCUACCGCCAGACGCGGCUCCAGGGCCAGGCACAGCGGCAACGGCAGGGCCUGGCCUACGUAGAGCCCGGGCGGCAGCGACGGCUGCAUGCGCGGCGCGAGGAGGUGCGGCGGCGGAUGGAGCGCGAGCGGCGGGAGAGGGCUGAGCGGGAUGAGCGGGAGCAGCGGGAGCUGGCGGAGAGGUGGGCGAGGGAUCGGAGGAGGAGGAGGAGGAGGGAUGCGGAGCGGGAUAGGAGGGGGAGGGGGAAAGAGGUGGACAGAAAAGGGAAGGGGAAAGAGGUGGACAGAAAAGGGAAGGGGGGGCAGGUGGAUAGGAAAGGGAAGGGGAAACAGCGAGAUGAUGAGGAGGAUGAUGAUGAUGAUGAUGAUGAUGACGAUGAGGAGCCACUGUCGUGGUUGGCAAUGACGAGAGGGGCCAUAGUCCUUACUGGCCGGAGAAGAAGGGGCAGAUGGGGCGGGCCCCCUGUCCCGCCAGAUGCGCCCAUUCCCAGGCCUCCCCCCAGACAGCCUCCCCCACCCCCGCCCCCGCCCCCACCCCGAGACCAGCGCAGAAACCCUCCUCCUCCUCCUCCUCCUCCUCCUCCUCCUCCUCCUCCUCCUCCUCCUCCUCCUCCACCACGGAACCAGCGCAGAAAUCCGCCAAAUCCAAACCCAAAUCCAAACCCAGACCACACCCCCCCCGCCCACAUCCCCUUCCCCCGCAGAGAACCCCCCACCACCCCGCAAGCCCAAGAGCCCAGCACCCCGCGCCGCAUCUUCUCCUGGGACGGCAUCCACCGCCUCCGCAACUCCCGCUACUUUGGCCAGCAAGACCGCCCCCUCCAGCCCCAACCGCGCAUCGAAGACCGCAGCCGCCGCAGAGCACUGCGGCUGCAGCUGCAGCGGCCAGACGACCACCGGCUCCCGUCCCACCAGCCGCCGCCAGUGCCGCGGCUGGGGGACCGGAGCCGCCAGAGAGCGCUCGAUAACCUCGGCCGUGCGCCGGCCGAGCCCCGGAGACCGCUGCCCCAGGGUGUGCCGAGACGGGAGGAGGAGGAGGAGGAGGAGGAGGAGAGGAGGAAUCCGUUGAGGGCGUUGCUUGCGGGGAGGAGUAGGAGGAAGGGGUAG